AUGUCGUCAACUCUAAACGGGUUAGGAAUUGGCGGCGAUCAUUCUCAUUCAUUUGAUAUAAAUCAAAUGGUAUUAGAUGUUGGAGAACAACAAGAUGAUUGUAAUUCAUCGGCACGUAUGUUUGAACGUACAAGAAUUCAAGUAUUAGCCGAUGAACGUGGUCAUGUACAAAAAAAAACAUUUACAAAAUGGGUUAAUUCACAUUUAUCUCGAGUUGGAUGUCGAAUACAAGAUUUAUAUACAGAUUUAUCUGAUGGUCGUAUGUUAAUACGUCUAUUAGAAAUAUUAUCUGGUGAAAGAUUACCAAAAGCUACACGUGGAAAAAUGAGAAUACAUUGUUUAGAAAAUGUUGAUAAAGCUAUCAUGUUUUUACAAGAACAACAUGUACACUUAGAAAAUAUUGGUGCCCAUGAUAUUGUUGAUGGGAAUUCAAGUUUAAUAUUAGGUCUUAUAUGGACAAUAAUUCUUCGUUUUCAAAUACAAGAUAUUACUAUUGAAGAAUUUGAAUCAUCUGAAACAAAAUCGGCUAAAGAUGCUCUAUUAUUAUGGUGUCAAAUGAAAACAGCCGAUUAUUCAAAUGUAAAUGUUCGAAAUUUUACAUCAUCAUGGAAAGAUGGUCUUGCAUUUUGUGCACUUAUACAUAAACAUCGUCCCGAUCUUAUACCACAAUUUAAAACACUUACAAAAGAUCAACCAAUGAAUAAUCUUAAAUUAGCUUUUGAUACAUGUGAAAAAAAAUUAGGUAUAACAAAAUUAUUAGAUCCUGAAGAUGUUAAUGUUGAAUAUGUUGAUGAAAAAUCUAUUAUUACCUAUAUUGUAACAUUAUAUCAUUAUUUUUCUAAAAUGAAAAAUGAUAGUGUUCAAGGUAGACGUUUAGCUAAAGUAGUUGGUUCAGCAUUAGAUUCAGAAAAAAUGCAAUUAGAAUAUGAACGUUUAACAUCCGAUUUAUUACAAUGGAUUGAAUUAACUAUUCAACAAUUAAAUAAUCGAACAUUUCCAAAUUCAUUGGCUAAAGUACAAGAAAAAUUAAUUGAAUUUAAUAAAUAUCGAGUUAUUGAUAAACCGGGAAGAUUUGCUGAAAAAGGUAAUUUGGAAGUAUUAUUAUUUACAUUACAAUCAAAAGAACGUGCUAAUCAACAAGUGCCCUAUUAUCCACGAGAAGGUAAAAUGAUAUCGGAUAUAAAUCAAGCAUGGGAAUCAUUGGAACGUGCUGAACAUGAACGAGAAUUAGCAUUACGUGAAGAAAUAUUACGUCAAGAAAGAUUAGAACAAUUAGCAUCAAAAUUUAAUCGUAAAGCAGGUUUAAGAGAAAAAUGGUUAACAGAUAGUGAAAAAUUAGUGGCAUCAGAUCAAUUUGGUUCAGAUUUAACAUCAGUUGAAGCGGCAUUUAAAAAACAAGAAGCUAUUCAAACAGAUAUUGCCGCUUUUGAAGAACGUUUACAAAAUAUAAUGGCAAUAGCAAAUGAAUUAAAAUUAGAAGAUUAUCAUGAUUAUUCAACAAUUGAAGCACGAAAAAAAAAUGUUGAUAUGCAUUGGGAAUAUCUUGUAUCAUUAGUUACAAAACGACGACAAUGUUUAGAAUUAGCAUACAAUUUACAACGUGUAUUUCAAGAAAUGCAAUAUAUUCUUGAUUGGAUAUCCGAUUUAAAAUGGCGUUUAAAAUCAGAUGAUAUUGAAAAAAAUUUAAUGUCUGCUGAUGAUUUACUUCAACGUCAAUCAUUAAUUGAAGCUGAUAUAUUUGUUAUUGAUGAACGUCUUAAACGUGCCAUAUCAGAUGCUGAUGAAUAUUUAGAUCCAUCAAUUAAUAUUGAUGGUUAUCGUCCAUGUACAACAGAAGAUAUUGAAUAUCGUAUACAUAAUUUACAAUCAUCCUAUGAAGAAUUAAUUGAUUUAGCACGUAAACGACGUGAACAAUUAGAACAAGGAAAAUUAUUAUGGAAAUUUUAUUCAGAUAUGAAUGAUGAAGAAAUAUGGAUUGAUGAAAAACAACAACAAAUGACAUCACCCGAUUAUGGACAUGAUGUAAAUAGUGUACUUAGUUUAAAAAAUAAACAUAAAUCACAAGAAUAUGAUAUGCAAAUUCGAUAUACACAAUUAGAACAAUUAUUAAAUACAGGUGAACAAAUGAUUCGUCAAUCACAUUUUGGUACACCAAAAAUAUCUGCUCGUUUAGAAUUAUUAAAACAAAAAUGGGAUAAUUUAAUUCGUGAAUCAAAUGAACGUGCUAAACAUUUACAAGAAUCAUAUGAUUAUUAUCAAUUUUUUUCGGAUGCUGAUGAUAUUGAUACAUGGAUGUUAGAUAUGUUAAAAUUAGUAUCAAGUGAAGAUAUUGGUCGAGAUGAAUUAUCAGCUCAAACAUUAUUAAAAAAACAUAAAGAUGUUCAAGAUUUACUUGAUAAUUAUCGUAAAACAAUUGAUGGUUUAAAACAAAUUAAUUUACAACAAUUAACUGUUGAUAAUAGACAAUCACAAGAUGUUCAACAGAGAAUACAAUCAAUUGAUAGACGUUAUGCUGAACUUUUAGAAUUAUCUAAAUUAAGAAAACAAAAAUUACAUGAUGCCAUUUCACUAUUCAGAUUAUUUCAUGAUGCUGAUAAUGUUGAAGCAUGGAUUGAUGAAAAAGAACGAUUUUUAGCUACAUUAGAUCCAACUAUUGUCAAUGAUAUUGAAGAAUUAGAAGUAAUUAAACAUCGUUUUGAUGGUUUUGAACGUGAUAUGAAUUCCACAGCAUCAAAAGUAGCUGUUGUUGGUCAUCAAGCUCGUGCAUUAAUGCAAAUUGAUCAUCCAAAUUCACAAGAAAUUCUUGAUAGAAUGAGUCGUUUAAAUCAAAAUUGGGCACAAUUAAGAAAAUUAGUAGAUAAAAAACGAGAUGAUUUAAGUUCAACAUUUGGUGUACAAACAUUUCAUAUUGAAUGUAAUGAGACAAUAUCAUGGAUACAAGAUAAAAUUAGAAUUGUACAAUCGACAGAAGAUCUAGGUCGUGAUUUGGGUGGCGUAAUGACAAUGCAACGUCGACUAAGUGGUUUAGAACGUGAUAUGGCUGCUAUACAAUCGAAAUUAGAUCAACUUGAAAAUGAAGCACAAAAAUUAGAAAAAGAUCAUCCAGAUGAAGCACAAGAUAUUAAAACAAAAGUAAAUCAAAUUAAUAGUGUUUGGUAUGAAUUAAAAGAAAUAUUACGUCGACGAGAAGAAUCAAUGGGUGAAGCAGCUGAAUUACAAAAAUUUCUACGAGAUUUAGAUCAUUUUUCAGCAUGGUUAACACGUACUCAAACAUUGGUGGCGAGCGAAGAUAUACCAAAUACAUUAAAUGAAGCUGAACAAUUAUUAAAUCAACAUCAAACAAUUAAAGAAGAAAUUGAUCGUUAUGGACCAGAUUAUUCACAAAUGAAAGAUUAUGGACAUCGUGUAAUACGAGAUGCUGAUACAUCCGAUCCACAAUAUAUAUUUUUAAGAGAAAGAUUAAAUGCACUUGAUGAUGGUUGGAAUGAAUUAGAUCAAAUGUGGCACCAAAAGAAGAAUAUGUUAACAGAAGCCAUGCAAUAUCAAAUGUUUAUGAGAGAUUCAAAUCAAGCUGAAAUAUUAUUGAAUCAUCAAGAAAAUUAUUUACAACGUGAAAAAGAACAACAACCACGAACAUUUGAUGAUGUAGAAGUAAUGAUUAAAAAACAUGAAGAUUUUAUGACAACAAUGUCAGCUAAUGAAGAUAAAAUACAUGGUGUUUGCUCAUUUGCUCAAAGAUUAUGUCAAGAAAAUCAUUACCUUGGUGAUCGUAUUCUUCAACGUGCAUCAAUAAUUAACGAUCGUCAUGACUCGAAUCGUUCUCGAACAAUGGAAAUUUCUGAUAAAUUACGUGAUGCAUUAAAAUAUUUUCAAUUUAUUCAAGAUUGUGAUGACUUAAAAGAAUGGUUAGAUAUGAAAUAUUUACAAGCUCAAGAUGAUACAUAUCGUGAUACGACAAAUAUUCAUACAAAAUAUUUGAGACAUCAAGCAUUUCAAGCUGAAAUUAUUUCAAAUAAAGAACGAUUAAAUUCAUUGAAAAGGCAUGCACAACAACUUAAAGAAGAACAAACCGAAGAAGAGAGUAGUGGUGGUAAAACAAGAAUGAGUUUAAGUAAAAAACAAGAGGGAGAAGAUUAUGAUGCAACAAUUGAUAAACGAAUUGAAGAAUUAGAACAAUUAUGGACAAAUCUCGAAGAAACAACCAAAGAUAAAGGUGAACGUUUAUUUGAUGCUAAUCGUUCAAAAUUAUUUCAACAAUCUAUCACCAAUUUGGAUGAAUUUAUGUUCGAUAUUGAAAAACAUAUUAAAGCUGGUGAAGGUGAAACAAUAGUUGAUGGUACUCCUGUUGAAUCAACAAUACAAACUCAAUUAGCACCUGAAGAAAAUAAUUUAACAUCAACUAAUCUAUUAUUAUUGAAACAGACAACUAUUGAAGAAGAACUACUUAAACGACAACAACAAGUUGAUGAACUUCGAUUACAAGCUGAAAAGUUAAAACAAUUAGAACCAGAUAAAUCACAAGAAAUUGAUACAAAACGAAUACAAGUUGAAGAAAAAUUUAGCAGAUUAUUACAACCAUUAAAUGAAAAAAAAUUAAGAUUAGAACAACAAAAACGUUUACAUCAAUAUAUACGUGAUAUUGAAGAUGAACAAUUGUGGUUAAAUGAAAAAUUUCAAUUUAUUCAACAGUCGCAAGCUGAUUUUAUGACAUCAACUUUUACACGUCAACAAACACUUCAAAAUAUUCAAUUAUUGAAACGUAAAAAUGAAUCUCUUUUAAAAGAAAUUGAUAAUCAUGAACAACGACUUAUUGAAAAUUUAAAAACAGAAUGCGAAGAAAUAUCACAGAUCUAUCCACAACGUGCUGAUGAAUUUCAACAACGUUUAGAAGAAUUAUCGAUAAAUUAUGCCCAAUUAAAAGAGACAAUUCGUCAACGUCGUGAACAUUUAGAAUUAUUAGAACAAGUUUAUCAAUAUUAUUAUGAUUUAUCUGAGGCUGAAGCUUGGCUUGGUGAACAAGAAUUGUAUAUGAUGAGCGAAGAGCGAGGAAAAGAUGAAAUUUCCACUCAAACAUUCAUACGAAAACAACAGCAAAUGGAAGGAAAUAUUGAACAAUAUACAGAUAUAUUAAGACAAUUAGGUGAACGAGCAAAAACUCUAGUAACAGAUUUACAUUCAUCAACGUUAACAUCAGAAUUGAUUCAGGAUCAUACAGAGCAUAUUCAAAAACGUCAAACACAAUUAGAUAAAUUGUACGCAUCGCUCAAAGAUCUCUCACAAGAGCGUCAUCUUCGUCUGGAUGAAACAUUAAAAUUAUACAAAUUAAAUCGAGAAAUAGAAGAUCUAGAACAAUGGAUAUCUGAUCGAGAACUUAUUGCUGGCUCACAUGAAUUAGGACAAGAUUUUGAACAUGUCAAUAUGCUUUUAGAUCGUUUUACUCAAUUUUCAACUGAAACUCAACAAAUUGGUGAUGAACGUUUAUCACAUGCCAAUGAAAUGAUUGAUAUUCUUAUUGCAAAUGGUCAUGUUGAUUCAGCUCAAAUAGCCGAAUCAAAAGAUCAAUUAAACGAAUCAUAUCAAGAUCUAUUAGAAAUGAUUGAAACACGAUUACAAUCAUUGAAAGCAUCAUGGGAAUUACACAAAUUUUUACAUGAUUGUAAAGAAAUUAUUAUAGUAAUGCAAGAAAGAAAAAAUUCCAUACCCGAUGAAAUUGGUCGUGAUCAACAAAGUGUACAACAAUUAAUUCGAAAACAUCAACAAUUUGAAACAGAACUAGUACUAUUAGCUCAAGAAAUUCAACGUAUUCAAAUGGAAUCCAAACGUUUACAUGGUCGUUAUGCUGGCGAAAAAGAAUCGGAUAUUAAACAAAAAGAGAAUGAUGUUAUUCAACAAUGGAAAUCGUUUCAACAAUAUGUUGAUCAACGAAAACGUUUAUUAAAUGAUUUUGAUGAUUUACAUCGAUUUUUUAAUAUGGCAAGAGAUUUACACAUGUGGAUGGAUACAAUGAUUCGUCAAAUGACAAAUAGUGAUAAACCACAUGAUGUAUCAGGCGUUGAUCUACUGAUGAACAAUCAUCAGAGUUUAAAAGCAGAAAUUGAUGCUAGACAAGAAAACUUUACAAUGUGUAUUAAUUUAGGUAAAGAUUUAAUAAAUCGUCGUCAUGUUCGUUCAUUUGAAGUUAAAGAUAAAUGUAUACAAUUGUCAAUGUUGAGAGACAAAUUAGAUGAUACAUGGUCAGAACGAUGGGAAUAUUUACAAUUAAUUUUGGAGGUCUAUCAAUUUGCUAGAGAUGCAGCUAUUGCUGAAACAUGGUUAAUUACACAAGAAUCCUAUUUACAAAAUGAAGAAUUAGGAGAUACUCUAGAUCAAGUUGAAAAUUUAAUUAAACGUCAUGAACAAUUUGAAAAAAGUCUUAUGGCACAAGAAGAUCGAUUUAAUGCAUUGAGAAAUUUAACAACUUUAGAAAAGAAAAAACAACAGCCACCACCAGAGCCAAGACAAACAAAAUUACACAUAUAUCUAGAUGAAUUUAAAACAUGGGAUGAACGAGAUGCUGAAAGACCAUCGAAAGCAACCGUUGGUGGUGAAUAUAGUGCAGGUGAUCAGACUACAACAACAAGUGCAACAGAUGGACGCCCGUCGACAUUACCAUCGGGUAAAAAACGUCCAUCAGACACAACCGAUUCUGGAUCAAGACAACAACAACGACGAUCAGAGUCAAUUUCAAGGCAACAAGUUGUUAAAGAAGGUUUAUUAACAAGAAAACAUGAAUGGGAAGGACAGGAAAGAAAAGCACAACAUCGAGCAUGGGAAAAAUUAUAUUGUGUAUUAACAGGUUCUCAUUUACAAUUUUAUAAAGAUCAAAAACAUUAUAAAACGUCUCGUACAUACAGUGAAGAUUUACAAUUCGAUAAUUCGACAAAUGUUGCACCAGCGACAGAUUAUCGUAAAAAAACACAUGUAUUUCGUUUACGUUUAAUAGAUGGUAAUGAAUAUUUAUUUCAUGCCAAAGACGAUUUGGAAAUGAACGAAUGGAUUCAAGCUAUCAAUACGUGUAUACCAUCUACAUCCGCAUCAACUACUACCACUCAUAUUCCAUCGAUUGCUCUCACAUCACCCCCUCCUCUCUCAGCUUCGUCUUCCCCUCGUCAUCAUCCACCAUCAAUAAUGACAACAAGUACAUCAGGCGUAGAAAUUACAUCUACUCAAUCGCCACCAACAGCUACAGAACAAAAAUCACGAACAUUACCUACAGAAUCACAGCCGACAUCAUCGUCGACAACUACUGGAACAGGAGCGUCAACAACAGCAACAGCAACAAGUGGCAAAAAGAAAACAGGCGGAUUUUUUUCAAUGAAACGAAAAUAA